ACCUCACAAGCGCCUUUCCACCAACGAACACGACGUCGCCGCAGUCCCACUACCCCGUGCGCCUUUUACCAUUACCAAUCACGAUUUCUACGUUUUCUAACCUCUAAGAUGUCUGCUAAUAUUUUGACGCGAAUUAAUUUAGCAGUUCAAAAUUUGAAGCAUUAUGUAUUUUACACUUUUGGAAGAGGUUUUCCACCAGAUGCACUUUGCCUAGCAGGAAUAGAAUUAAACAAAAAUCAUCAGAAUCUGCCCAAAUUUUCUAUUAAAGAUAUAAUAGGCGAAGGAUUUUUAUGGGCAGUUCCUAAACAUAGGCGCUCAGUAGAAAAACGAUGGAAAAGAAAAUUUGGUGAUCCCUAUUAUGUCCUGAAAAUUUUAUUGCCUAGAAAGGAUUUAAGGACCUGUAAUGUUUGUGGUGAUGACCACGAGGCUGGUGUUUUAUGUCCAACAUGCUACAAGAAAGUUAUUGAUGAAACAACGGCAAUGCAAGAACAAAUUCAAAACGAAUUAAAACUGGAACCUGUGGAAAAAGAGAUUGUUGUUUUGUAUGAAGGCGAGAAAAAUGAAAAACCAGAAGAAUUCUUUGAGGGAAAAAGGAUUGUAGAAAUGAAUAAACCAAGGCCGCAAUGGUUUAGCAAAAACUUGCUACAAGAAACAACACAAAAGAAUGCUACAACUAAAGAAGUGAAGCCGUCUGAUCUAGGUUAAAUGUAAUUCUAGUAGUUUGUAGAUAUUAAAUGUAUUAUGAAGUUGUUGAAGACUUAGGAGAAUAUUGUAUAUUUGAUAAUUACAAUAUAGAUUUUAUACUUAC